GUUCGCUGGAGGAAAAAGACUGAAUUAGAGACCAGGAAGUGUAGACGCGGUUUACAUCUCGCUCACUCGAGGAAACAGUUAGAAACAUUUUAACUUCAAAGUAUAGAAGUGCAUUUGUUCUUUUUACGUGGAAUAAGUUCAAACACCAAACAGUGAGACCAUGGGGUUGGCUGAUCAAAAUAGUACGGAGCCAAGAGAAGGAGAGUCUUCAAAGGAUGUGGAUAAAGUUAAAACUUUGCAGUCUCAAGUGGAUGGGGUCAAGGAUAUUAUGACCCAGAAUGUCGAUCGGAUCUUGGCCCGUGGUGAAAGACUGGAUGAUCUGAUGGGCAAAUCUGAAGACCUGCAAGCUGGGGCCCAGAACUUCAGGCACACCUCUCAGAAGGUUGCUCGUGCUUACUGGUGGAAGAACGUGAAGCUGAUUGUGGUUAUUGUUGUGAUAGUCCUUAUUAUUGUACUGAUUGUCAUAUUCCUUGCUACUGGUGUGAUCCCGACCAGUUCACCCAAACCCAAUCCAUAGGAUUUUUAUUAGUUACAAGCACUCUCACAUACACACACAGAUUUAUGCAACCAUGUCCCCACACCAGCACGGGUCAUAACUUCAGGAACACACACACAUCUUUUAUUUGCACAUUUAGCUCAUAUACCUUCACAAUUUAUGGUCUCACACCACCCCCAAAUGAAUAGCUUCCAUAAUGACAGCUUUGAAACUGUGAAGUGGGGGAUUUUAAAUAGCCUAUAGACGCAAUGCUGCCUUUUUUUACACUUCUCUCCUCCUGAAAGAUCAUCCUAGUGGCCACUUUAGCUGUCUUUAUGGUUCUCUAAAGCCCGAUUAAAUGCCACAGCUGUAUACAAAUACUUGCACUAUUAUUCAUAAUGAAGAUACCCUUGAAAUAGUCAUAGACUGGCAUUGAUCCGGCGAAGGUAAUGGGUGAAAGUUCUAUCUUUUGAAUUAUGAAGUAUAUUUAAGACUGUUAGAUUCGAUUAUAUGAGAUGUUCUUCAAGUGGCUCUAUAUUGUAUUUGAUGUGUCACUGUCUUUGUGCUUUUGCCUACAAUUAUGUUUUUGUAAAAGGUCAAACAAAAAGGUGUUCUUAUUACUGUUACAUUACCCAAAACACCAUUUCAUUAUGGAAAUGGGUAAUUUUAUUGUCUUAAAUAUUUACUGAAAAUUGGCAAUGGCCCCAACUUCAAAACAGAGAAACGGAUUUUCAUCCUAGAGAAUUAAUUAAAUUUUUUUUUAAUGGAACAAGAGCACCUGAACAAGGUCAUUUAGGUAGGAAUGAUGGAUAUUUUCUGUAUCUCCAAAUCACUGCAUUGAAUUUGACGUGCAGUGUAACAUUUGCACUGUACCACAUGCAGUCAGUACUGUAACAAGAAUUCGAGUGUACUGCAUCAAAUGUUUUGGCCUUGCACUGCGCGAUCUUAAUGAAACCCAAGACGUUUUCCUGUUUUGAGAAAGGAGCCUGUACUGUCAUUUUCAAUGAGCAGUUUU